ACAUAGAGCUUAGGCACACAAAGAAAACAAAGGAAAAGAAGAUUAUUCCCAUAAUCCCAUGUCUUCCAUUAGCUUAAAGAUGUCUUCCUCCUCUUCUACCACCUUAACAGUAGCAUCAGCAGCUCUUCUUCUCUGUUUGUCGUCUAUGCUGAUGAUGAUCCAAGGAUCAACAGCUCAGUUGGAUGCUAAUUUUUACAACACUACUUGCCCGGACGUGUUCACCAUCGUCCAACAAACCAUCAAAGAUGCUUUACAGUCAGACCCCAGAAUCACUGCUAGCCUCACUCGACUUCCCUUCCAUGAUUGCUUUGUACAAGGUUGUGAUGCAUCACUUCUGUUGGACAACAGCGAUAGUAUACAAAGUGAGAAAGAUGCCCUACCCAAUUUGAACUCGACUAGAGGAUUUGAUGUUCUUGACAACAUCAAGACUGCUCUGGAGAAUGCAUGCCCUGGUGUUGUCUCAUGCGCGGACAUUCUAACCAUUGCAGCCGAAGUAUCUGUGGUUUUGUCAGGAGGUCCUUCAUGGACGGUUCUACUAGGAAGAAGGGAUAGUUUAACUGCAAACCAAACUGCAGCCAAUACAACCAUCCCAAGUCCCAUCGACACCCUCGAUGAAUUGGAGUCUAAAUUCGCCGCCGUUGGCCUCGACGCCACUGAUCUUGUUGCUUUAUCCGGUGCCCACACAUUUGGACGUGUCCGGUGUAUAAUUAUUAAUGCUCGGCUCUACAAUUUCAAUAACACAGGCAAUCCUGAUCCGACUCUCAACACCACUUUGUUGGAGGAGCUCCAAAAUAUAUGCCCGAAUGAUGGAAAUGGGUCUCUCCUAACCAACCUAGACCCGAACACACCCGAUACAUUCGAUAAUGUGUAUUUCUCUAACCUUGAAUCAAACGAAGGGAUACUCCAAAGUGAUCAAGAGUUGUAUUCAACUCCGGGUGCUGAUACUAUCCCUAUAGUUAAAAACUUCAGCAGCAAUCAAAGUGCUUUCUUUGAAAGCUUUGCUCAAGCAAUGAUAAAUAUGGCAAAUAUUAGCCCAUUAACCGGGUCCGAUGGAGAGAUCCGAUUGAACUGCAGAAAGGUUAAUGGAGCUACUUCAAUGUUUGAGUCAAAUGAUGAUGAUGAUUUAAUUAGCUCCAUCUGAUCGAUGAUGGAUAUAGCUACUGAAACCACCCUCAUAUAUGAAUAAGGUUGUUUGAACAUAACCAUUGUAGAAUUCCUAUUCUAAUUAAGUUAAUAAGUUAAUUAAUAUCCCGUGGUGGAAGAUUUGGACUGUAUGUUAAGAUAUUAAUCAUGAUAAUUAAUAAAGUUUUUAAAGUUCCACGCUUCUC